UAGUUAAAAAAAACCACAGGCUAUUAUUAUUAUUACUGUCAUUAUUAUUAUUAUUUAAAUUUGAUUGAGCGAUAAAUGAUUCCUGUCAUCUUGUGAAUCAAUAGAGGGAAAGAUAAUAAAAAUAUCGAGCAAAUAAUAUAAGAAGUAAAUUUAUACGCGGUUGAGAACAAGAAAAAUUAAAUAUGAUUAACGUGGUUAGAGUCGAUCUCAAGGAUAAAAAAAAUGGAUAAAGUGAUAGCGGUCAUCAGAUGUCCACCGCAACACGGCCAGAAUUUACAAACGGGAUCAAUGACUGUUUUGAUGGUUCGUGAAUCGGCGGCUGUUAGAUCUCCAUUGUCGACUGUAACAGAGGCAGCAACGACAGCUCGAAGUGAUUCCUCCCAGGAAAGUUUAUCCAGUUCUUUGGGUGAAUUGAAUCCAACCCACAGAAGUUCAGGUAUUUCUUUUUGUAGAAUUAUUUAAGAGGCAUUUUCUGGCACUACAGAAACGGCUGGGAAAAAAACAAUGAUAGUAAGUGAACCAAAGCCACAAAAAAAAUCAUGCUUCGGUCGUAUGUUUCCGUGCUGCGUAAAAAAACCAAAAGAAAAUUCUUCCCGAAAAUCUUCUCACUCAAAAUCACCUCACAGUUCAAGAAAAUCUUCACGAAUCAGCAUUUCCAGUCAGCUGAUAUCCCCAGAAGUUUGCGGUAGCAACAGAAAACUAUCCGCUGCCGAAAUAAGAAGCAUAUCUCGACACUCUGGUUCCCUUGACUCAAAAAAUUCCUUACCCAAGAAAAGACCAUCGCGAGACAGAAUUUCUGAGCGUAAAUUGAGCAAAGACCGAGGAUCAAGCGCCUCUUCAAACAAACAUUCCAGUAAACGGCACUCGAGAUUGUCCGGAGAACAAAGACUUAGUUCCGUAAAUGAUGCAGAAAAUUCCUUGCACUCGAGUGUGUCCGAGAAAACUAGUACCAUUCCCCUCGCUGAUGACCCAGGAAAUGAUCUCAAGUCUCCACGGCCGUCUCUCGAGAAGCAACUUAAUUCAUCCGCAAAAUUAUCAGAUGCCAGUGUCAAGUCAUCAUCAAAGCAAUCUCGCAAAGCGUCCCGCGAAACAGGUAAACAGCCGCAGUCUUCAAGAAGAAAAUCUUCCGACGCUCGGAAAGACUCAAAGUCGGAUUCAAAGAACUCCAGGAAUUCAGAUUCUAGCCAACAAUCAACAAGUUCUCGCAAAAAAGGCUGGAGUUUAUUGCGUACCCUGGGAGCUAAGACCAUUUCCGAUGAUAAUCAGCAAGCCAGCGUCGAAAUCGAAGGCGCUUCGGCUGCUGGGGAAACUGGUGACCCCAAAAGUUCAGAAGAUGCCAAAACUGACAGGAGACACCCAAGACUAUCGACUUCUUCAAGACGAUCUGGGUCUUCACGACCGUCUAAGGACAUCAUGGACCAAACUACUGUGCGGCUCAGUGAUUUAUCAAGCAUUGAAAGGCACUCGGACAUCAUGGACCAGACGACUCUGCCCCUCAGUGACCCAGGAAAGAAGGAACUCAGGUCCAGUUCCAGGACCUCCGCGGACUUGGGCCAGCCCUCGACUUCCAAGCUGGAGGACAAACGAAAAUCAAAGGACAGCUCGUGCUCAACCAGGUGCUCCGACUCGAGGAAAAAAUCCAGCGACUCGGGAACCAGCAAAAAGUGCCAGCGUCAGAGCAUUAGGAUCGAAUUCUGCACGCAUCAGAAGCACCGUCGCCAAACGGAAGGAUCCUUGGAUCACCCGCGGGCCUCAAUUGUCUCGCAGUUGGCAGUCAAAAUGACCGACAGCUUAAAAAUGUUCCGUGAAGGCCCUCCCGUGUCGCCGAAAAAGUGUCACUGCUCACCUGCCAAAAUACCAACAACAGAUACCCCAAGCUCAUCAGCCGCUUCCGAAAUUGACCCAAAUAAACAGAAAACCAUUAAAAUAUGUGAAUGCGAGGAUAAUCCUAAAAAUAUUUCUAGGUCAAAACACGCCCUCUGCGGAUGUACAAACAAACGCUGCCAUGAAAAACGACAGCUCUAAAUUUUCCACUUACUCAAUUUUUCCUUGAACCCCGUCUGCAAUCGCAGGCAUACUUUCGCUAAAAUAUUCAAAAUUUCAGCCCAUAAAAAAUCGUUUAAUGAAAUUCCAUCGCAAAAUAAAAAAACUUUUUUAAAUUUUAUUAGCAAUGAAUUUUUUUACUCGCAGCCAUUAAAUCUGUUAUAAAGAUUAGGAUUUUAAAAAUCCUCAUAUACAUAAUUUUUAAUUUAAAGUAAAAUUAAACUCGAAAAUUUAAUUACUCACUAAAUAUUUAU